AUGGCCACAACUAUGUUGUACACAACUGGCGCCUCAGUAGAAGAUCCCCUUCACAGCUUGUCAAAUACUACAAAUGGCUCCGGAAAAGCAAGACAUCGACCAACGGCGCUGCAGAUUAAACCACUGGACCCCAGUGAGUUGAGUGCCAAAUUGGGCGGCCUCUCCGUCGAGUCUUACAACCAACUCAGUCCUUCAAUUCAUAUCGAGAAUUCUGCCAGGCCGCCGCUGUCUGCUGUGAGCAUAGGCGCACCAUCACCAAGGACUAUCCCAGAAACACACCUCAGUUCAUCAACGACAACUACAGUGUCAUCGGCGUCUCUUAAAAAAGGCACCGAUAAGCUUGCCCUGCCAUCACCUGGAAAGCCUCCACGACGGGGUAGCAUAUUUGAUGCAUUCCGUUUCAAGGGCUCGAACUAUACUGAUGAGGCACAAGGCCAACAGGCAGGAGAUGCUCAGAAGCCUGCCCCCUACAAGCAUGUUCCUCAAGUUGCAGCACUACAGUUCGCCCGCACCACCACUGUAGAGACCUUGUCGCAAAAGACUUCACCCAAAGGCAUGAGACCCGCCCCUGGGCCUCGGUCAAUGAGCAACGCUACCAUUUCGUUGCACGAUUACCACAAACAAUACAAGCGAGCACAGAGUAUCUGCAGUGGUAGACCGUCAAGUGGGUAUAACCAGUCGAAGUUGACAGGUACCGUCGAGAUGAACGAGAGAGCCUCUCAGCAAAAGAGACAAAAUGUUCGGCUCAGUUCGUACGGUAACAGACCCGAGCUGCCAAGAAGAAUGAGCACGGGCAACAUGUCAGGAAAAAAUGACUCCCAACCCCAAUCACCAUUCCGACGGGAUUCUACGGGCGUGGGAGGCUUUCAGGGAAACAAUGUUCCCAGUAUGAGACGAGGCUCUGCUAGCUCAUCGGGCUUUUCGGAUACAUCGUCGUCAUUUCGCGAUUCUGGUCCAGCAACUCCAUUCAAGCAAGAAUUCGGCGGCAAUGUUUCGCCCAACCGUCGAGGGUCGGAGACCAGUGCAGCAACCUCUGGAUCGCGAAGAGGCAGCUUCGUCAAUGUCCCAAACCCCCAGCACACAGCUGAAAUACAUCGUGUGGACUGGUCACAGAGUGAUCAAUCUGCAAAGGUUCAACGAGACUCCAAGUGGGGAGGUCUCAAGCAUCGAAAGACCAGUGUAAGCCAGCAAAAAGCGAAGGACGAGAAGGACGGCCCUCAUGUCGUUGAGACAGCAUCGCAGCCGUUUAUUUCUUCAAAGUCGCCAAAGCCUGGAUUCUUUAAGCGAUUCAUGCAUUAG